GCAGCGUGGGGCCAGUAUAAAAGCCAGCCCAACUGAUGGCUCUCUCAGCCGCUUCCGUCACCUCCUUCUCCUUGGGAACCAGGUGCACCUCCAGCCCCAAGCCAUGUCCUGCUGCAACCCGUGCCAGCCCUGCCAGCCCUGCGGCCCGACCCCACUGGCCAGCAGCUGCAACGAGCCCUGUUGCAGGCAGUGCCAGGACUCCGUCGUCGUCAUCCAGCCCUCCGCCGUGGUGGUGACCCUGCCCGGCCCCAUCCUCAGCUCCUUCCCGCAGAACACCGCCGUGGGCUCCUCCACCUCCGCUGCCGUUGGCAGCAUCCUCAGCUGUGAGGGAGUGCCCAUCAACUCCGGGGGCUUUGACCUCUCCUGCAUCACCAGCCGCUACUGCGGCAGCAGGUGUCGCCCCUGCUAAAGCCACUGGUGACGGCCCGGACAAGGAUCCGCUGGAACCCAGAAGAUGAUGCCAGGCUGAACGACGGAGACUCUGGCCAUUGCUUUGAGAGGGGCUGAGCAUGCCUCACGCCUCCUGCAACGGGUGUCAGCCCUGAGGAAGGGGCCAGCCUGGGCUCUCUUGAAACAUGACCGAUGCCUCUCGUUGCCUUCCUCCACUCUCUCCUUUUCCUCCUUUGCCUUUGUUUUUGUCCACUCCCCUGGGCCAUGAGGCCCACCAAAGCCAGCCUAGGGGGGACCUGCCUGUCCCUCUCCCUCUGUGGGGCACUGGCUCUUGGCUGUCCGCGCGACCCUUUCCCUGUGGCCUCCCCUCAGAGACAUCUUGUUUCCCUCUUUGGACUCAUUAAACUCUGCAGCAUCCCA